AUGCAACAAGUUUACUCAAGAGACACAAAUUUUGCUGGCAUUUGCAAGGAGAAAGUGGACGUCAGCUUUAAAGAGGAUGCAGCACACGCUGCGGAAUGUCAAGAGGAAACAGUGAGGCUUUGCAAACUGCUGAAACAAGCAAAGCUAGAACGAGGCAGCGUCGAGGAUGUGAAUCCUAUCAUAUCGGAUUAUCAUGCUGAUUUCGGAAAGUGCGAGGAUCAUAGUUCUCCUCAAUCUACUUCGCGGAAAAAUGUGAACAUCAAAGGAGUUUGUUAUGAACAACAGACGGUAAUGCUUGACGACUUUUGA